CGCAAAAUGGUCACCAUCGGCCCCGGCGCACGCGAAUCACGCGAACGCGACGUCUUCCACCAGCUCGACAUCGACCCGCUCUACGAGGCCAUGAACCCGACCCUGCUCUCCGCCUUCGUCACCGAGAUGGGCAAGGUCCGCAAACGCGCCCAGACGAACCUCACGUGGCGCAGCCAGCGGAGGGUGGCGAAGGCGAUCAAGAGGGCGAAGUUGAUGGGCAUCAUGCCGAUGUUCCAUAGGAUGGACCCGGAGCUGCCGCGUCGGUAG